UUCUGCGGGACUUUCACAACACUUGGAAACGCCUGCGAUCGAUUCGUUGUUUCUUGUUGUGUUGGACUUCAUGUCGACUGUUGGGAUCAAAGACGCGCAGCCGAUGAUGUUAGCGAACAACGCGAUGCAAUAUAUGAACAAAUACAGUGAGAAUGAGCAAGUGUGUGAAUAUGCGAUGCGAGUGUCAUUACGGGCUGUGAGUGAUGAAUCCGUUCGGAGUCGAAUACUUGAGAAAGGGGUGUGGAAGAAAUACUUACAAGUCGCGACGAGUCAUUCGAAGAACUUUACACUGCAAAAUUACGUCUUUGGGAUCUUCGACAUGUUAGCGCGGAACUGCUCGAGUUCGGAAAAGGAAGUCUUUUUGGAAGAGGCCGUCAAAUGUGUAGUUUUAGAGACGCCGAAUUACCCGACACUGUUUUCUGUGAUUUAUGAAUGUACAAAGGAAGAACGGAGCGAAGAGUUAAUGAAGACAGUGGUCACUGAAAUCAGACGAUUUUUAGAAGGGAAUAACAGUGAUGUCAUUUCACUGUCAAAUGUCUUAGGAAUUCUGUCGAAUAUCUCCGUGUGGGGGAAGUUCGACAUUUUCGAGGAAGAGGACUUCGAGGAGAAGGUCGUGAAGAAUGUGAUAGCAUAUACCAACGAUGCAAUCAUUAUGAGAUUCGGCCUCCAUUUAAUACGACUGGCAAGUUUUAAAGAGAAAUAUAGUCAUGUCGGGUCCUUGGCUGUGGUAAGAGCUGCUAUGGCGACUUUUAAGGAAAGUCGAAUCAUGCAAGACGGCUGCGUGACCUGCUACAAUUUAUUGAAGAGCAAUAAAUUGAGCGAACAGCAAAGGGGAAUGGCUAUGGAGUCUGUUAAAGUCGCUAAGGAAUUGUUCCCCGAGGAUAAAGUAGUCUACGCUGUUUGGUACGCAUUGGGAAAUAACGCCGUUAUUAAUUUUGUCAAGUAA